GCAGUAGUAUUUCUGUAGUGGUGUGUCCAUGCCUAUCAGAGCCAGCAUCUUCCUCUUCUGUUUAGUUCGGAUAACUAUGGCCCAGCUCUUGGCACAAGAAGAAAAAGAAAAAACGACUGCACUAAAAGAUUUAUUGUCCAGGAUCGAUUUAGACGAGCUGAUGAAAAAAGACGAGCCUCCACUGAACUUUCCUGAAACUCUGGAUGGGUUUGAAUUAGCCUUUAACGAACAUGGUCAGUUGAGACACAUACACACAGGGGAGCCGUUUGUCUUCAACUAUAAAGAGGACCUGCAUAGAUGGAACCAGAAAAGAUAUGAAGCAUUGGGAGAGAUCAUUACAAAGUAUGUUUAUGAACUCCUGGAAAACGACUGCAACCUGAAGAAGGAGAUCCUCCCCGUUGAUUCAACUGUGGAUGAACCGAAAAGCUUUAUUUAUAUGAGCGAGGAUGCCCUCACUAACCCAGAGAAGAUCAUGGUUCUCAUCCAGGGCAGUGGAGUGGUAAGGGCAGGCCAGUGGGCUCGACGCCUCAUCAUUAAUGAAGACCUCAACAGUGGGACGCAGAUACCCUUCAUUAACCGUGCCAAAGAGGAGGGCUACGGGGUGAUUGUGCUGAACCCCAACGAGAACUCUCUGGAGGUAGAGAAGGUUCCGGAUUCAGCCAAGAAACCAUCCCCGGAUGCCUCUGAUGAGCCGGCUGAAAAGAGAGAGAGGAUGGAAGAGCGGGAGAACAAGAAAAAGAAGGACUUUUAUGAGAAGUAUCGCAACCCACAGAAGGAAAGAGAGAUGGAGCACAUCCCGAUACGAGAAAACAGCACUCCAGAGGAACACACACUCUAUGUGUGGGACCACUUCAUUUCUAAAUCACUUGCGAAAAACAUCUUCAUUGUGGCACACAGCUAUGGCGGCUUGUCAUUCGUGAAUUUGAUGAUUCAGCGAGAAGCAGAAGUGAAGAAUCGUAUCCGUGCGGUGGCCAUGACUGACUCUGUCCAUAACGUCUGGCACCAGGAGGCCAACAAGUCCAUUCGGGACUGGCUCAGAGAGCACUGCUGUAACUGGGUGUCGAGUCCUGAGCCCCUGGAUACUCUGGUGGACCCCAUGCUUAAUGACUGCCCUCGUGUUUCAGCAGGUACUGAGAAGCAUGAGUUAACUUCAUGGAAGAGCUUCCACUCCAUCUUCAAGUUCUUCAGAGAUGCCCUUAAGGACCACGAGGAUGAGUCCUCCUCCAGCCCGGUCACCACACGCAGCUCCCACCGUAUAAAAAACGAAGACUUAUAAAGGGCUCGCAGAUCCCAACCUAGAGCCCCCUUCGUCCCCUCUUAGUUCUUUUUCUCUUCUGUUCUUUUUAUGAAAAUAUUUCGCCUUGAAGCCCUCCUCCCAGUGAAUUGCAUGACUCUGAGGAGUGCAGGGUCAGUCUGUAUACAUCAGAAUAGCGUUUUGCAUUACUUCUGGAUGAGUGCAACUGUCAAAGCAAUAUGGCUUCACUGCUUGUCCCUCCUGUGGGCCGCUGUGUGGAUUUGGUGGUGGCCCAUCGGUGGCCAGAUUAAGGCUGACAGGCGGCGCCGCACACCGCCUCUUGAUGCACCUCUAAUUAUCCUGACAUUGUCCUGAACUAAACUAAUGCCUGGGAAGCACCUGCACACACACACACACACACACAAGUCUGGCAGGUCCUAGUGCCUCUUGUCGUUUCUUUUUAACUGGGGUCUCACUUGCAUUUAAAGUACUUGAGCACUUAGGAACUUUUUAUGUCAGAUGCUAAAGGCUUACGGGUUGUUUUCUUUCAUACGUAUAAUACUUUAACUGAAAAAAAAAGCAACUUGCAGACUCAAAUAUCUAUUCAAUGGCUAUCUCAAGUCUAGAUUUAGAAUGAACACAAUGAAGUAAGCCAUUGACAGCAUGAAAUAUUGAAAGAGUCCUCCCCUGUUUUUAAAUCCCUUAAAACCUUGUGCGAGCAUGAGUUUUAGGAUCAGGGCAAUUUAAUGUUAUCCAAAGUAUGAAAGCCAUUCCUUAAGAUGUUUGCCAAUGUAACGUCCUUUUUGCAAAGUCUGUGACUAUUUGGACUGUUUUAACACCUCAUUGUUGUCCUCUGCUAAAGCUAAAGCAUGUGUUAUGUUACUGUCUUAGCAAACACAAGAGACCGUGUCUCCUGGACAAUGUGUUAUUAGCGGAGGCUUAAAGAUAUGUCACUCAGGCAUUUCAGCAGAUCACUGCUUUAGCUUGAAAAUUCAUCUCUCAGUAAAAGGCUGCUUUGGUCUCAUCACUUUUUAACUAUAAUUUGUCAUAAGUUGUUAUUUCAGAUUGCUGAAGGUACUCGAUGUAAAUAGUUCUAGUACUUUAUACAUAUUUCAUAUAUUAUUUUUUAUCCAAAAUAGAGAUGAGACUACAGCUUCAGAAAUGCAGGACCCCAGAGGCUUUCGUGAUUUGUUUUUUACUAUGAAUUAAACUUUUAAUAUAUCUGCAACUAUUCAUUAGAUGCCACUGAUCAAUUGUAAGUUGCUUAUACUUUCUUAGUUAAAACUCUUCCACUCAGAUCCCAAUAUUGUUGCCUUAGGAAUAAAUACACAAAGUUCAUCUUUAAUUUUAUUUUAUUUUCCAAAACUGACAAGCCAUAUGUGAAUGUCACUUGCAUUAAGUACAGCCUUAAACCAAAUCAAAAACUUAAUUAGUUUGUAAAUUAGGACUAUUUUUAACAAUUAAUAUUUUAAUUGAAGAGAUUCUAUGUUUUAUUGAAACAUCCUAGUAUAAAAUGAUAGAAGUGUAAGAUGUUUUUUGGGUUUUCUCUUUUUUUUAUUUGCUUUCAAUGAGGAUUCAUUAAAUGAAAACAUGAUCAGACAUUUUAACUCUAAAUUUCCUUUUCAUAAAUCGUUCAAAUAUGUUAGUCUUUCGUCUUCGAAUUAGUUCAGUUCUGUGCCCUAAUUAAUCAUUCAAUUUGUUUUCAUAUCAUGUGAGUGUAUUAAUGAUCUCCAUGCUGUAAUUAAAGUUCUUUAUAAAAACAA